AUGGGCGAGUUAAGAACGGUGACAACGGCCGAGCCGUCAACGGAUAAUCCCAUCAACUAUGGACCUCCCGAAGAGGGCAUCUUCAAGCACAUUUCCAAGGUCAUACCGUACUUCCGGAACGCGCGCAAUGUGCUCGUCUUCAAGUUGGAUGUAAUGCUGCUGGCAUGGAUGUUCCUUGCAGGCAUCAUGAAGGAGAUGGACCAGUCAGCGACGACGCAGGCAUACGUUUCGGGCAUGAGAGAGUCUCUAAGCCUGUACGGAAACGAACUGGUCGAAUUCAACACGUAUUUCUCCAUCGGAUACGCCCUAGGCCUCGUGCCUGGCCAAUUGAUUCAGACGAGGUUCCGACCGUCCAUGUUUCUCCCAUUCUGUGAGAUGAGUUGGGGACUGCUCGUGCUCUUCACGUACAAGGCACCCAACGCUCAAACCAUCUUCGGUCUUCGCUUCUUCCUCGGCCUGUUUUCCUCCGCCUUCUGGCCCAGUGUCGUUGCUCUCAUCUUCAACUGGUAUACUCCCGCCGAGCUCGCCGUUCGCGUGGCCUGUUUCACAGUCUGCGACGUCGCCGGCGCCAUGUUCCUCGGUGCACUCCAAGCCGCGUUGUACCGCGACAUGAAUGGCGUUCACGGUCUCGCCGGCUGGCAGUGGCUUUUCAUCAUCUCCGGCGCCGUCACUGUCGGUCAAGGUCUCUUAGCCUUCGUCACCGUCCCGGAUUCUCCCGCCAACACUCGCGCCCUCUACCUGACAGAGAAUGAGAAGCGCCUUGCACGAGAGCGCAUGGGCAACUCCGGUGUCAACACAUCCAAGAGGAUCCCCGCCUCCGUUCUCAAGAUGAAGCUGCGGAAGCUCAUCGUCCACCCGAUCACUUAUUUCUACCUCUUCUCGUUCGCUUUCGGAGCUUGGGCCCAUCGCGCCAAUUCGUACUUCGUCUUGUAUCUUGAGAGCAUCAAGGACGCAGCCGGGAACCGGGUAUAUGACACGUACCAGGUCAACAUCUUGCCUCUCGGGGGAUACGCCCUGCAGAUCGUCACAAACGUCGGCCUAAAUUGGCUUUCCGACUGGAAGCGUUGGCGCUGGCAAAUCAGCGUCUUCUCAGCUGCUGCCCACGGCAUCUGCUUGGCUGUGCUCUGCGGAUGGCCCUCCGAUCACAAGGUUAUUCUUGCUUUCUACUUCCUGACCUACGGUACCAAUGCCGGCAGCCCCUCACUCAUGGCAUGGAUGGCGGAGAUUCUCCGCAAGGAGCCGGAGGCUCGGUCCAUCAUCGUGGCCAUGACGGUCACUAUUGUUUACAUCGGCCAUGCCACGAUCCCCUUGAGAGCUUUCCGCGUUGCCGACGCACCCAGAUAUCCCGUCGGAUUCCCACUUACUACGGCUUUCACGGUCGCCACGAUCCUGGUUCAACUUGGCAUGCUGUGGUGGGACAGGCGGCAUCCAGAGAUGGCAGAAUAUGGAUAUGAGCCAGCCCUCAGCGCUGAUGUUUCUUCAGAUGGGGAGAAUCCCAAGCUGGCGGAUGCAGAGACCGUUCAAGCUGGAACUGAUGCAAAAGCGGCUAAUACAAAUUUUGCCAAGGAACUUUAG